UAUAUGAUGUGGUAUGAAGUAGAAGGAAAGACGCAGAAGACGGUUAUUGGAUGAAGCGGGAACAUAGGAAAUAAAACAAGAAGAAGAAGAGCAACAACAACCACCGUUGUCACUGCCCUCACGAUUUCGAUUCUCUGAUUCCCUUUCGCGGGGUCAGGGGAUCGCCAUCGUCGAUCCCCUUUCUCAGCCGAUUUUCUUCCAAAUGGGUAUUCUUCCGCAGAGUGAGAAGAAAAUGGAAGGCUGGCUUUAUCUCCUUCGCGCCAAUCGCUUUGGUCAGCAUUACUCACGGAAGAGGUACUUUAUUCUCAAAGACAAUGUCCUCCGAAGCUUCAAAACCCAACCCGCUUCCCCAACCGAGGAGCCAAUUAGAAGUGCAAUAAUUGACUCUUGCGUUCGGGUUAAUGAUAAUGGAAGGGAGAGUAUGAACAAAAAGGUGUUCUUCAUGUUUACUGUUUAUAAUGCAACAAACCAAAGUGAUAAGCUUAAGUUAGGAGCAAGUAGUUCAGAAGAAGCUGCAAAAUGGAUACGCACCUUGCAGGAUUCUGCAAUGAAGGAGUGCCCGUCUCCAACAAAAAAUUUAGUGGCUUGUAUUAGAAGAAGACGUUCAACUUUGAGAAACGGAGGCUCGAAAAGCACAGAUUGGAAAUACAUCAACUUGAAUCUUCAAACAGAAAUAGGCACUGAAACGAUUAGCUCUGAUGUUAUUGCCCCUUCACCAUGGAAGAUUUUUGGUUGUCAGAAUGGACUUAGGAUGUUCAAAGAAUCCAAAGAUUGCGAUUCCCUUGGAAAUCAUUGGGGUGAUCACCCAGCAAUAAUGGCAGUUGGUGUGGUUGAUGGAACUUCAGAAGCCAUCUUCAACACUCUUAUGACUCUUGAUCCCUCAAGAUCCGAAUGGGACUUUUGUAUUUAUCGAGGCAGGGUGGUUGAUCACCUUGAUGGACACACAGAUAUUGUUCAUAUGGAGCUGUACAGUGAUUGGUUACCAUGGGGAAUGAAACCCAGAGAUUUGUUGUUACGAAGAUACUGGAGGAGGGAGGAAGAUGGAUCAUAUGUGUUGUUAUACCAUUCUGUGUACCAUUCGAAGUGUCCACCAAAGAAAGGCUAUGUCCGAGCUUGCCUUAAAAGUGGAGGAUUUGUAGUGACUCCUGUAAACAAGGGAACGCAAUCAGUGGUGAGACACAUGCUUGCUAUUGAUUGGAAGUUUUGGAAAUUGUAUUUGCGCCCCUCAUCUUCAAGGACCAUUACUAUUCGUAUGCUUGAACGAGUUGCAGCUCUUCGGGAGUUAUUUAGAACCAAAGGUGGAAAUUCCUCCCCUGAACCUAUGACAAAAGAAAUUGGAUUAACUCUCGGUGAAAAGGAGGAUAUUAAGUCUGAAGUUUCAGAGGAGAAAAGCAAGUACGAGGAACCUCUUAUUGUCCUAGAAGAUGAUGUAGAACCUUCCGGUCGUACAAAUUUAAUGGGAUUGAAUGAUUCUGAUGAGUUCUUUGAUGUUCCUGAACCAACAGAGUAUGAUCACUUUGACAAUCAAUGGCACCCUGACUUGGCUUCUGAUCAGAUGGGCAUGUCUAUCCCCAGAAUAUCAACAGCUGUUGGCUUGGUAAAAAAGUUACACGACAUUGCAGUUCAGAAAAAGGGGUAUAUGGAUUUGCACGAAGCUAACAGGGAGGAAAGUUCAUCAUGCCCUUAUGGUGCCACUCUUCAAAAGGAUUCUAGUUGUUCUUUACCCUGUACCUGGGCUGCUUCUGAUCCAUCUUUGUUUCUGGUUCGAGGAGAAAAUUAUUUACAAGACCAUCAAAAGAUCAAGGCACACGGCACCUUGACGCAAAUGGUUGGUGCAGAUUGGCUUCGUUCGGACGCAAGAGAAGAUAACUUAAGUAGUCGUUCUGGUUCCAUAGUUCAGCAAUAUGCAGCAAAAGGUGGUCCAGAAUUCUUUUUUGUCAUCAACAUACAAAUGCCUGGAACUCCUAUGUAUUCCCUUGCACUUUAUUACAUGUUGAAAAGUCCUUUGGAAGACUAUCCCGUAUUGCAGAGCUUUGUGGAUGGAGAUGAUGCUUACAGGAACUCUAGAUUUAAGCUGAUACCAUACAUCUCCCAGGGAUCAUGGAUAGUAAAGCAAAGUGUUGGAAAGAAAGCAUGUUUGGUGGGGCAAGCAUUAGAAGUUCUUUAUUUCCGUGGGAAGAACUAUUUAGAGCUUGAUAUCGACGUUGGAUCCUCAACAGUUGCAAGAGGGGUAGCUAGCCUAGUUCUUGGAUACCUGAACAAUUUGGUGGUAGAAAUGGCAUUUUUGAUACAGAGCAACACACAGGAUGAGCUCCCGGAAGCCCUCCUUGGAACAUGUCGACUAAAUCAUAUGGACGCAUCGAAAGCAUUUCUGGUGAAUUCAUAAUUUUUAAUUUGAGAAUUUAUUGGUGUCUUUGAGGAGCAGAAGCUGAUACUCCUGCACUUGCAAAAGUUAAGGAAGGAGUAGAAGUGUCAGAUGUUGUAGAAGUUGUUGCCCUGCAUUCUUCAUGUUUUGUCCAACCAGUCAAAAUUGAUGCUGGUGCUGGGAGUUUUCCUGUGUUUUUUUCCGCUGGGGCUUCAGUUUGCAAAGCAAUUAUUCUUUCCUUAUAUAAUAUAUGGUUACACGAAAUAAAAAAAAAAAAAAAAACAAAUUCCUU